AUGGACGGAGUUAUUGUCGCUGGAGGAAACGGAAGUGGAAAUGCAUUCAAUCAACUCAGCUAUCCAUUGGGUUUUUCUGUCGAUGAAGCUGGAACUCUUUACAUAGCUGAUUGGAAUAAUAGUCGAAUUGUUGAAUGGAAGCAAGAAGCGAAGUUUGGUACAGUUGUUGCUGGUGACAAUGGAAGAGGCGAUCGAAAUGAUCAAUUCCAUUAUGUUACAGAUGUAAUUGUUGAUAAAAACAGAAAUUGUUUGUACAUAUGUGAUUUAGAAAAUAAAAGAAUAGUUGAAUGGUCACGACGUGGUGCAACAAGUGGAAAAACUAUCAUUAAAGGAGUUAUGUGCUAUGGUUUCACGAUGGAUGAAGAUGGAUUUCUAUACAUAUGUGAUUUUGAAAGACAUGAAGUGAGAAAAUGGAAAAUUGGAGAUACAGAAGGGACACUUGUGGCCGGUGGAAAAGGAAUGGGAGAUGAACUCGAUCAAUUGAACUGUCCAGUAUCGGUCGCUGUUGAUCAGAAUUAUUCAGUUUAUGUAUCAGACCAAAGAAACCAUCGAGUGGUUAAAUGGAUUGCAUGUAUGGAUAGAGGAAAGUUAGUAGCUGGUGAUGGAAAAGUAGGAAAAACUUUAUCACAAUUAUGGAAUCCUCAAAAAAUCCUUGUUGAUCAAUUUGGAACAAUUAUUAUUGCAGACAGUGGAAACAACCGUGUGAUUCGUUGGAAAAAAGAUGCGAAAGAAGGAACAAUAGUUGUUGGUGGAAGACGGAAAGAUUCAGAAGAGCAUCAACUCGAUAGUCCUAUUGGCUUAUCGUUAGAUUCAAAUGGAAAUCUAUACGUUUCUGAGUGGCAAAGCCAUCGAGUCCAAAAGUUUGAAAUCGAUAACAGUAUCUUUUCAUAG